AUGGAACUCCUCUCCCGCACAGUGCUGGGCUUUCUUUCCCUCUCGGCCGCUUUUGCGGGCACAGCUUCUGCUGUAGAGGGAUUUCGAAAACCGAUCGUCACGACUCAAGCAGGCAAUGGAAGCUCUCUGCUCGCCUCUCGCGGCUCUUCGGUCCAUAUCCAAGCGGAUGCAGCAGACUGGCCUGGUGUGCUGCGUGCGGCUCAUGAUCUUGCUCUCGACUUUGGACGUGUCACAGGUACCAAUGGUACGCUGAGGGCAUCUGGUACGCCAACGGCAAAUGCUUCCACUAUUUUCAAUGUCACAGGUAUCAGCAAGGAUUGGAGUGUUGGCUCAAAUGCCUCUGCCAAUACGGCUGGAACUAUCAUCGUGGGCACAAUUGGUAAAUCUAGUCUGAUUGAUGACAUGAUUGCAAGUGGUCAGCUCGAUGUCAGUGCUAUUGAAGGUCAAUGGGAAGCCUAUGUGAGCACAUUUGUGUACAACGCUGGCAACGCAAGUAGUGGAGCGCUGGUCAUUGCUGGAAGCGACCGUCGCGGUGCAAUCUAUGGUAUCUACGAUGUUUCGGAGCAGAUUGGUGUCUCGCCGUGGCAUUGGUUCGCCGAUGUCCCAGCCAAGUCACAUGGUUCCAUCUAUGCUCUUCAGACCACCAAGGUCCAAAAGACGCCGUCUGUGAAGUACCGCGGCUUCUUCAUCAACGAUGAAGCACCCGCUCUGACUGGUUGGGCGAACAAGCGCUAUCCUAUUUCGCCCUACGGAACGCCUUUUGGUGCCGAGUUUUACGCCCAGGUUUUUGAGCUGCUGCUAAGAUCCAAGGCAAACUACCUUUGGCCCGCUAUGUGGGAUGGCAUGUUCAAUGUCGAUGAUCUGCGAAAUCAGCCGCUUGCCGACGAGUAUGGCAUUGUAAUGGGAACUUCACACACCGAGCCAAUGGUCCGAGCUACCCAGGAAUGGAGUAAAGUAGCAAAAGGUUCUGAGUCCGGAUGGUCGUGGGCUACCAACAAUGCCACGCUGUACGAAUACUUUACCGAAGGUGCACAGCGCGCUGCACCAUACGAGAAUGUGGUGACGGUUGGUAUGCGUGGAUACCACGACACUGCCAUGUCUGCAGAUGUCCAAACCAGUGUUUUGGAAUCUGUUGUCGAAGCUCAGCAGGAAAUUCUCACCAAGGUCUACGGGAACGCUUCAGAGGUGCCGCAGAUGUGGUGCCUGUACAAGGAGGUUCAAGAUUACUUCGAGGCAGGCAUGCAGGUUCCCGAUUGGGUUACCCUUCUCUGGACUGAAGACAAUUGGCAAAAUAUUCGAAGACUUCCCGUUGGUGAUGAGAAGAAACGGUCCGGAGGUGCUGGUGUCUACUACCAUUUUGACUAUGUCGGUGAUUCGCGUAACUACAAAUGGCAGGAUACCAUCCAGCUCCAGAAGACUUACGAACAAAUGAAGCUAGCCAAAGACAGAGAGGCGGAUCGCAUCUGGAUCGUCAACGUAGGCGACAUUAAGCCUGCUGAGAUGGCUAUCAGCCAUUGGUUCGACAUUGCCUACGACAUCGACGCUUACGAUGAGACCUCCGUUCCCCAAUGGAUCACGGAAUGGGCUGCUCGAAACUUUGGAGAAGAGCACGCCCAGGAAAUCUCAGAUGUCAUGGAUGAAUACGGCGCGCUCGCGAACAUGCGUAAAUUUGAGUGGGUCGAGCCUUCAUCCUACAGCAUUCUCAACUAUGAGGAGGCAGACCACAUCCUGGCCAGGUGGCGGGCAAUUGCGAAGACGGCCCAGGACAUCAAUGAUGCUCUUCCUGCAGAGGCGCAGCCUGCCUUUUACCAAUUGGUGCUGCACAGAGUUCUUGCUGGUGGAAACUUUGUCGACAUUCAGGUCGCCGGUGCCAGAAACAUGAUCUAUGCACAAAUGGGCAGAAACAGCGCAAACAGAUGGAUGCAGCACGUCAUCGACGGUAUGAAAAUCGACCACAACCUUACCAGGAAGUACCACACACUACUGAAUGGCAAGUGGAACCACAUGAUGGACCAGACUCACCUUGGAUAUCAAGGCUACUGGCAACAACCAAUGCGUCAAUCUACUCCCGAUCUUCGUUGGGUGCAGACUCUGGAAGAUAGUCUUGCGGGUAACAUGGGCAUCGCCGUUGAGGGCAGCAAUGCCACCAUUCCCGGUGACGAUAUGUGGCACAGCAACGGUGGCAGUUCCCUCACUUUGCCCGGCAUGACACCCUACACACCCAAGCGCUGGGUCGAGAUUGCCCACCGAGGUACUGGCCCAUUCAACUGGAACAUCUCAGCUGACCCCUUCAUCACCCUCUCCCAAACCGCCGGUACUCUUAAUCCUGACGACGAUGACGUCCGGGUAUAUGUCGACGUAAACUGGAGCAAGGUCCCCUCCAACUUUGGCAAGAUGAGUACUCUCAACUUCAGCUCAUCCACCACAUAUGGCACCCAAGGCGGCAACCCCCACGUAACUGUCAUGGUAAACAAGACCUCCAUCCCCUCCAACUUCACCGCUGGCUUCGUCGAAUCCGCCGGUCAGCUCGCAUUUGAAGCCGAACACUUCACCCGCCACCGCCCCUCCGGCAAUCUCUCUUACGCCAUCCUCCCCAAAUACGGCCGCACCCUCUCCGCCGUCAAACUCAACAACAACCUCGCAGAAGGCCUCACCUCUUCAACAGCACCCAUGCUCGAAUACGACUUUGUCACUUUCACUCCUACCACCGCCGCAAAGGGCCUAAACGUCACCCUCAUCCUCACACCCACCCACAACAUCAACCCCAAAAAACCCCUCGCCUACAUCACCCAAAUCGACAACCUACCCGAGCAACGCAGACAGCCGGUCAUUGACCAGAAACAGCCAAACUUCCCGGUCGGUUGGGGCAAAGCCGUAGCCGAUAGCGCCUGGUACAAUACCACAAAUUUCGGGGCCGUGGCGCCAGGAGUGCAUACGUUGAGAGUGUGGCUUGUGGAAGCGAAUGUUAUUUUGCAAAAGGUUGUGCUGGAUUUGGGGGGCGUGGUGGCGAGUCAUAAUGGGCCGCCGGAGAGUUUUAGGGUAGGGAUGGGGAAUGCGACGGUGGGGAUGUGA